UGCAGGAGGAAGUGGAGUCGCGCUGGUGAAAGUAAACACGUGUGAAAGUGUGAAAUUAAUCAAUAAUCAAUCACUGACUGAUGAUCCUGUUACUGUGCAUGGGCGAGGAAACACGGGAUCAGGUGAAAUGACCUCAGAAUAAUCACUCCACAUCAGAGAUCGAACCCAGCUCACAGGAGUCUGACCCCACUACACUUACAGGUGAGAUGUGGUGGUUUCAGGAGGGUUUGUGCAUCAUGCCCACGUUGCUGGUUAUUUGGACGUCUGCCACGUUUGUUUUUGCAUACAUCACAGCGGUGGAGCUGAGACAUGUCGACCCGUUCGUCCCCUACAUCAGUGAUACAGGAACAGUCACUCCAGAGAGGUGUGUGUUUGGGAUCAUGCUCAGCAUCUCAGCAUUUCUGGGUGUCUGUACGAUGUAUGUGAGGUAUAAGCAGGUUCAGACUCUGACUUAUCAUGAAGAAAAGCGUCUCCUCAACCUUAAUAAAGUCGGUCUGGUACUCGGCUGCACCAGCUCCUUCGGCAUGUGUGUGGUAGCUAACUUUCAGAAGACGAGUGUGUUCUGGAUGCACAUGGUGGGCGCGGCCCUAACUUUUGGGGUGGGGGCGCUCUACCUCGCUGUUCAGGCUGUCGUCUCGUACCUCAUGCAGCCGCACGUUCAUCCCAAACGCAUGUUCUGGAUUCGACUGGGGAUCAGCAUCUGGACCUUCAGCAGCAUCAUCAGCAUGUUUGUUUCGUCGUUGAUCAUGUACCAGACUGCAGGACUGGAGGUGAAUAAGAAGCUCCACUGGAACCCUGAGGAUCCUGGGUACGUGGCACACAUGGUGAGCACGGUCUCUGAAUGGUCUCUGGCCUUUUCCUUCAUCAGCUUCUUCUUCACCUACAUCAGAGACUUCAAAAAGAUCAGGCUGAGGGCGGAGGCGGAUCUACAGAGCAGUAAUUUGCAUGACUCCGCCCACUUUGGAACAACAUGGAAUGCUGGAGAGACAACAGCUUUACUCAGUGGAUCCAUCUAACACUCACACACACACUCACACACUGUAUGAACAUUAUAUAUAUAUAUACUUUUAUAUGAACCACUAUUAGCUGUUAUUUUAAGCUAAUGUUAUAAAUGUGAUUUGUUAAUCUUGACAGCCAGUAUUUUUAAAAGCAUUUCUGAAACGUCAGGAUCUUUAAAACUGUGUUUAUUUUAUAUGCUGAAACAGUUUUACAUUUUUAUUUUCAAAUAAAUAUGUGAAUAAUUCAGGAAA